AUGACAGACGUGAUGGCGCCGCCCGUGGAGAUCCUGUCGCAGCGUGCCCCGCUCCGCCCGUCCAACUCGCACACUUCCUUCUUCGACUCUCACCAGGCCCCGUUCGCCCUGCGCAGGAGUAACAGCUCUUACUCCCACCUCGACGACCUGCGCGCCUCCCCAUCGCCGCACUCGUCACGCACCUCGUCGGUCCAGUCGACGCCCCCGAGCAGCCUGUCGUUCGGCCAGAAUUCAAGCGACGAGUCCAGCAGCAGCGAUGACGAGGGCCUAGCUUUCCCUGCGUACAGCGCUGCAGGCAAGCCCAAAAAGGGCGACACGGAGCCGUCUCUUCCGAAUCCCUUGCUUGCCCCCGUCGCUCCCUCUCCUGCAGACGAGCCCCCGUCUACUCCGGAUCACGUCCCGGUAUCCGAAGACGAUACGAACCUACGUCCCGAGCCCUCACAGCACGUUGACUACCUCUCGUACGAUUGGAAGGAGGAGGAUAUCUGGUCGUCAUGGCGGCAUAUUGUUGAGCACCGCAGCGUGUACGGCGAGCGGUCACGGUUAGAGAACGCGUCAUGGCGUCAAUGGGCAAAACUGCAGUACAGACUUCGGACCGUUACCCCAGAGUCCCUGAAUUGGUUGAAAGAGAGCGACGUGACAUGGCUGUAUGGGCCUCUACAGCCCUCGGCGAAUCGACAUAUUAGUCAACACGCUUCGGAACCGGUCAGCCGGUUAUCCAAGUCCAACUCAUUCCUUGCCAAGAAGCCCAUCUUGAAGAAGCGAAGUAUGUCGGAAGUAAUGCUUCAGAAGUCGAUAUCGACAUCAUCAUUAGUCAGUCAAGCUGCGGCAGCGGUGGAAGCCCAGCAAACUACACAUGUGAACUUCGAUGGCCGAAGACGACGGCCAUUUGUUGGCCGUGCGACUGCAUCGGACUAUACGAUGCUAAUUCCCACACGGACAAUCAGCCGAGACACGACGGAUUACUUCUCUUCUUCACAAUCAACGUCUGGUCUGCUGACACCUGAUCAAGGCGAUAAGAAACACAUUCGCUUCGACGAGAAGGUCGAGCAAUGCAUCGCCGUUGAGUGCAAAGGCGUAGACGAGGAUGAAGAAGAAGAUUUUAACCACAACCCCUGGGCAAAGUACCGCGACGAUGACUCCUCGUCAGACGAAGGAGUUGUGAUGAUGAAGCGUUCAUCAAAGAAAAGGCGACCCUUAUCAAGAAUCAGCUCUAAAGCGAACAUAAGUGGAGAGAACAAGACGAUAGCCAAGCUAGAGCCUACGACUCUAAAGUAUAGGACAGAUUCUCCGGACGUUACGGACCAACAUCCCACACAUUCUUUGGGCUUCUUCCGCUCAAGUCGACUCUCACCGUCGCCCUCACAAGAAACCCUCCGACCCGCCCAUCCUUCUAGUAAUUUCCUCCUCCCUGAAGACGACAGCGAAGAUGAUUUCUCCUUGACCUUUAAUCCCGCAGGAGCCUACGAGGUCAAAAGACCACAUACACCAACCCCUUCAGAUCCAUACUUAAUACCUCCCACCGGAUCCUCUAGAAGAGACUCAUCAGAUUCCAGUUCCAGUGGCCUACGACGCACGGCCUCCGGCAUGUUUAUGCCUUUCGAAGACGAAGACGAGAACCCACCCGCUCCCGGCAUUAUCGGCAAGGUAGUAGAUACGGUGAACACGGCUCGGGAUAUCGCCCACGUGAUAUGGAAUGUUGGGUGGAGAAGUGGAAAUUGA